AUGUACGGCCACAUGCUAGCCACUAAACCACCGAUGCAGGAGCCUGCAUUACUCCAAUCUAUCUGUUUAAUAAAUGUUAUCCAAAUAAGUUCAGCUGGUGGCGUUUGGUCCCUCCGAAAUCUAUCCAUCACAGUACCUCGGGCAGUUCUGUCUGGUGAGGGGCAGUCAGCGGUACUCCGAUGUUCCUACGAUCUUGAAGGAGCAGCUCUCUACUCCAUACGAUGGUAUCGCGCUGAAACAGAAUUCUACAGAUACGUGCCACGAGAAAUGCCUCCAACGAUGGUCUUCCCGUUACCAGGUGCUUCAGUAGAUCUCGCACAAUCAGAUCACCAACAAGUACGAAUAGUGAAUCUCAACAGACGCCUCAGUGGGGACUACCAGUGCGAAGUGUCGGCAGACGCGCCACUCUUCCACACAGAUAUACGAACAGCCCCUUUAACUGUAGUAGAUCCACCGUUCCGUGCACCACGACUAACUGUUUCCCACAGAAGUUAUUCAAGGGGUGACGUCAUUCGUGCCAACUGUUCUAUCGAUGAAGCAUACCCUGCGCCAAAUAUUACGUGGAUACUAGACGAUCAUAAGAUCGCAGAAACAGUAUCGUGGAGGACAUCAGAGCUGGACUUCAAAGAACGAGGGGCCUUCAGUGAGUUGGAGCUCACCAUACUAGAAGCGGAAAAUUACAAAGUUGGUCUCACAUACACCAGCGCAAGUCUGAACAGAGUGUACCAAGACCAUUAUGUAUACGACCGUGAUAUGGACGACGACAGGAAUACUGUAAGAUACACUAUAGUCCCUCCUCAUAGCGGCCAGUUCGCUCUUGGCUGUGUGGCAACAAUUUUCGACAUAUAUGCACGAAAAAGCGAACCUAUCUACAUUAGAGAAGAUGCUCCGCACCCAGCCUCAGUCACCGGAGAAGAUUCAUUGGGUACAAUCACAAACUACAAUAUGUUAUUAACAGCCGUUUGUAUCUGCGCCGUGAUGCUGCACCAAUUA